AUGGAAGAAGACUUUACCAACGACCAUGACAGCGAAGGCGAAGAGCAUGAUCUUGGUGACGAAGGCCCACCUACUAUUGACCCAUAUGAGGUUCUGGGCCUUGAGUCUCAAGCAACAGCGGAUGAUGUGAAAAAGGCAUAUCGUAAAAUGGCACUCAAGUGUCAUCCAGACAAGGCUGCGCCCGAUGAGAAAGAAGCCGCCAACAAGGCCUUUCAAGAGAUCGCAUUCGCAUACGCAGUACUUUCCGACGACCGAAGGCGUAAACGUUAUGAUCUCACCGGCAGUACAGCAGAGAGCCUGGAAGACGACGACGACUUUAACUGGCUUGACUUCUUCCGCGAGCAGUUUAGGAAUAUCAUCAACGAAGAAUCUAUCAAUAAGAUUUCUGAUGAAUACAAAGGUAGCGAAGAGGAGCGCAAGGACUUGAUCAACGCAUUCAAGAAGACCAAGGGCAACCUGAACAAAGUAUACGACAUUGUCAUGCUAUCAGAUAUCUUGGUGGACGACGAGCGGUUCAGGAAGAUCAUAGACGAAGAGAUUGCCAAUGGCACGGUCAGCUCAUAUCCUGCAUAUGAGAAAGAGACGGACGAGACGCGCGAAAAAGCCAAGGAUGCAGAGAGGAAGAGGCGCGAAGCCUUUGACAAGCAGCAGGCUCAGGAACAAGAAGAGAAGGCGGAGCCUACCAAGGGAAAAGCAAAGGCAACGGCAAAGCCAAAACCCAAGAGCAAGAAGAGUGGCACAGAUGACAUGGCAGGACUGGCGGCGCUGAUCCAACAACGACAAAAGGCACGAGCAGGCAACUUCUUUGAUUCUCUUGAGGCCAAGUAUGCACCCAAAUCACGAGGCUCCAAGCGAUCCACACCCAUGGAGGAACCGCCUGAGGAACUAUUCGAAGCCAACCGAAAGAAGCAGAAAACGAACAGCCGGCCGAAAAAGAAGGCCAAACAAGAGAGUGAAGAUGAGGUGAUGGAGUCUGGGGAAGAGGAUAUUGGCGAUUCUGAGGAAGAGAAAACACCGCCUCCAAAGAAGACGAGAGCGAAGCGGAAGGUGAAUGCGCGUGGGCGGGCUUAG